GUUCUCUCAUAAGAACUAAAAAUCCCGUUAACUUGUUUGCCGCUUCUUUCCGCCGCAGACGGAAAAUGGCCUCCAUUUCCACGAGCUUCUUCUCUCCCUUAGCUGUCGUUCGUCCAAACCCUCGCGAGCCCUCUAAGAGAAAGCCCCCUCGAAACCCUAACCCAAAACCUAAGCUCAAGACCCAAUCCGGUAGGUACAAGUCCCCUUCCGAACCGGUCGCUCUCUCCGCCGGGGAAGCCACUACCUACACUCGCCUCCCUCCCAAGGAGGAUUUCUCUGUCCCCUCAUUGAAUCUUUCUCACGAGGUGAAGCUCUCAGAAUCGGUCAUAAAGAAAGUUGAGAAUGAAUUUGAGGGUUUGAACAGCGAAGAAGAAGAGGACUCCGUGAAGAAUGGUGAUUUAGGGUAUAAAUACGGGAAAUUUGAAAUCUUUGAGGUUAAUUCUGAUUCGGAAUAUGACGAAGGCGACGAUGAUUUUGAAGAAGAAGAAGCAGAAGGGGAAGAAAAAUCUAGGUUUAUGGGUGGCAAAAGAGUGAAUAUGUAUGAAAAGGAUGGUUCCUAUAAAGGAAUAGUGAAGGAGCACGGAGUUUCGGCAAAACUCUACGUGGUCGGUGAUGACGACGACGACGAUGAUGGCAAAAAGUUUGGAUUUGAUAGUGGUGAAUCCGUAGAUUUUUAUGAUAACGAGGGCGAGUCUUUUGAAGAGGGAGAUGCAAUUAAAGAGAAGGGAGUACCGGCAGUCAUGCGGUGUUUUGACCGGGCCAAAAUAUACGUCAAGGCCGGAGAUGGUGGAAAUGGCGUCGUGGCGUUCCGGCGCGAGAAGUACGUACCAAUGGGGGGCCCUUCAGGCGGGGACGGAGGGAGAGGUGGGAAUGUGUAUAUAGAAGUCGACGGGUCGAUGAAUUCCCUACUGCCGUUCCGCAACAGCGUACAUUUUCGGGCCGAGAAGGGGUCUCAUGGGCAGGGGAGGAUGCAGAAUGGGGCCAAGGGAGAGGAUGUAGUGGUCAAGGUGGCGCCUGGAACAGUUGUUAGGGAGGCAGGCAAGGAGGAAGUACUCUUGGAGUUGUUGUAUCCGGGGCAGCGGGGAUUGGUUUUGCCCGGUGGGAGAGGAGGGAGAGGGAAUGCCUCGUUUAAGUCGGGAACGAAUAAGGUGCCACGGAUUGCUGAGAAUGGUGAAGUUGGUCCGGAAAUGUGGUUGGAUUUGGAGCUAAAGCUAGUUGCAGAUGUUGGAAUCAUAGGUGCACCAAAUGCAGGAAAAAGCACACUUCUGAGCGUGAUAAGUGCCGCACAGCCAAGAAUAGAAAAUUAUCCCUUCACAACUUUACUUCCUAAUCUGGGUGUAGUUUCAUUUGACUAUGAUACAACAAUGGUGGUAGCAGAUCUGCCUGGUUUACUUGAAGGAGCCCACCGGGGUUUUGGUUUAGGCCAUGAAUUUCUACGGCAUACUGAAAGGUGUUCUGCUCUGGUGCAUGUUGUUGAUGGCUCAGGUACGCAGCCAGAACUUGAGUUUGAUGCAGUUCGUCUAGAGCUGGAACUCUUUAAUCCUGAACUUGCUGUAAAGCCUUACAUAGUGGCUUAUAACAAGAUGGACCUUCCAGAUGCAUGCGAAAAGUGGCCAUCAUUUAAGGAAAUGCUGCAAGCUCGUGGGAUUCAACCUUUUUGCAUGAGUGCAGUGAAAAAGGAGGGCACUCAUGAAGUGAUCUGUUCUGCUUACGAGCUGUUACAAAAGAGUAGAGGAGAAAAAAUGGAUUUUGAAGGUCCAAAAGAUCUGGAAAAUUUGAACCAUGUAGCUGAUUUGGUACAUAAACAACGAAGUGCCUCUAUUAAUGAGUUUGAGAUCUUUCAUGACAGCAGCACUAAUACUUGGCAUGUAGUUGGAUCUGGGUUGCAACGUUUUGUCCAGAUGACAAACUGGCGGUAUGUGGACUCACAGAGAAGAUUUCAACAUGUUCUCGAGGCUUGUGGUGUGAACAAAUCUCUUAUAAACCUUGGCGUCAAGGAAGGUGACACAGUGAUUGUUGGAGAGAUGGAGAUGGUGUGGCACGAGUCCACCCACGGUUCUGGCCCAUCAAAUGUGAAAAGUGGAUCAGCCACUUCAAUCAAAUGGCCUCAGUGGAAGUAACUCACUCAUCUGUGUUUUGUUGCUGCUAUUCGAUUGUUGGUAAUGCAGAAAAUUUGGCAUUAGUGGAACCAGUUUUACUUUUACUACAAAUUCGAGUUAAAAUGGCCAUUGGAAUAUAAUCCAAACUCGUCGGUUUGGAAUUUUCAAGUUGUGGCAGUUGAGAAACAGAGGUUUUGUGCCAGACAAUGGGCAGAUGCUUCUGCGCACUACUAUUUUUACUGAUGUGAGGGAUGCGGCACUGGAAAGCAUGCCAGAGUAGCGUCAAGAACACUACAUUGGUUUAAUGCAGAUCAGUAUGACAUGAUACUACAUUCUCAAUUACUUAUUUCCAAAGCAAGAUAUUUGAAGUCAGAUGGUCUUUUCGUCCUCUCUCUCCUAUGCAGCAACAGAAGCACAUGCAGAAUAUGAUGGAUGGAAUGCCCUUACAUUUGCAAUCUAACGAGUCUUCAACCAACCACAUAGGAAUAAUGUUAGCAUUUUUAUUUUCGAAACUUUGGUUGGCCAAUUUGAUCUUCUCUCUCUUUACUAUCUCACUUCAUGCUUCUGUGUUGGUGAUGAGAAACUUCAUUAAUUUUGAUUAAAUGAAGAAGAUAAAGUCGAGAGCUAUUUAUUUUAAAUGAAAAUUAGUAAAUUGAUUGAUUUA